AUGGGUACUAAGUCAUCAAAACCUGCUGUAAGAAGUAUUGAACCAUUAAGUGAACAAACGAUUCGUGAACUUUGUCAAACUACUGGAUUUACAGAAGAUGAAUUACUUGCUUGGCAUGAUAAUUUUUAUAAAGAUUGUCCGGAUGGUAAAUUAACAUUGAAACAAUUCGAACAAGAAUACGCAAAGAUAAUGGGAAAACCAACACAAAAAACAGCCGAUUAUAUUAGACAUAUGUUUAAUGUUUAUGAUGAAGAUAAAAGUCAAUAUAUUGAUUUUAAAGAAUUUGUAAUGGCUUUAUCUGCUGCAUCGGCCGUUAAUCGUCUUCGUCUUAUUGAAACACUAUUUCAUGUAUUCGAUUUAGAUAAUGAUGGAAAAAUAACAAAAGAAGAAAUUGGUAAAAUGUUACAUACACUUGUUGAUGUAACAGAUUCACAUAAUAAAAAUUCAAAUCAACAAGAACGAACUAAACAAAUUAGUUUACAACAACGUAUUGAUGAUGCAUUUAAUGAAUUAAAUGCCAAUGAUGAUGAUCAUAUAACCAAAGAUGAAUUUAUUGAUUGGUAUAUGAAAUCAGGUCUUAUAUCUGAUGUACAAUCAGAUCAACUUAAUGCUCCUGAUCCAUCACGUAUUCAAAAAAUUGGUAAAAAAUCUCGAAAAAUCUUAAAACAAACAACACAUAUUAAAUCACAUAAUGACCAAGAAGAAAAUCGUCCUCAUCAUUCACAUCUUAUUCGUCAUAUGUCAAGAAUGACAGAACGAAAAUCAUCAUCAAAACAUACUGAUGAUGAUGAUUAUGAUCAUGAUAAUCAUAAUAAUAAUUUAACUACCGUAUCAUCAAUGAAUUAUCAUAAUGAUGAUGAUACUGAUGAUGAACAAAAGUUAAAUAAUUCAACUAGACAUGCAAAAGAAAGUGUCGAUGAUACAGAUUCACAAUAUUCAAAAGAAAAUGAACGAUGGCAACAUCUAUUUAAUUCUGUACUUGGACAAAUACGUACACAACGUCUUAAAGAACAUCAGACAAAUAUAAAUGAAACCAAUAAUGUAAGAUCAUUGAAACGUGAAGGUGAAGAAAAACUUAAAUCAGAAUAUAUGACACAAAAAGAAAAUGGUCGAGAAAAUGCUUCAUAUAUAUCAACAACAAAUAUUCAAUUACAACCACCUAAAAAACCAUCAUCUGAACGUCCACCAUCUCCUGAUAUUAUUACUAUUCGAUUGUAA